CUGCGGCUCCAUCACGUCAGAAUCGCUUACUUAAUUUCUCCUUUCCGUGUUGUUCGCCCGUAAUUAUAUGUUGGUAAAUUCAUUCGAGUUUGUUCAAGUCAGGCCUUGUGCUUAAAGGGCAGGUUGAAAGCUAUCGUGUAAUAUAAUUCUGUUAUAAACCCGGUGAAAUCCAGUGUUCCUAUUUCCAAAUUUCAUCUUGAUUAUUUUUGCCAGUUACAUAUCGGCCAUUUUGCUGAACACUGGCCGUAGUAUGACAGCAGUGUCUUAAUGCAGUUUCUACAGUCAUUUUACCAAAUUAAUUUUGAUAAGUGCAAUUUAUAAGCUGUAGAUAUUCAAGACAGGGAAACUAUGGCGACAGAGCAGCCCAGGGAGCGAGAAAUCGCCGCGGAAGACAGCAUUAAAGUUGUUUGCCGUUUCCGUCCACUGAACGACUCUGAAGAAAAGGCUGGGUCAAAAUUUGUAGUUAAAUUUCCAUCCGGUGGAGAGGAAAACUGUAUUUCGAUCGGGGGCAAAGUUUAUCUUUUUGACAAAGUAUUCAAGCCCAAUGCAACACAAGAGAAGGUUUACAAUGAGGCUGCAAAGUCCAUCGUAUCCGAUGUCCUGGCAGGCUAUAAUGGCACUAUCUUUGCUUAUGGGCAAACAUCGUCAGGAAAAACCCACACAAUGGAAGGAGUUAUUGGCGAUCCAAACAAGCAGGGCAUUAUUCCUCGUAUUGUUAAUGACAUAUUUAAUCAUAUUUAUGCUAUGGAAGAGAACCUGGAAUUUCAUAUUAAGGUUUCAUAUUUUGAAAUUUACAUGGACAAGAUACGGGAUCUCUUAGAUGUAUCCAAGGUAAAUCUUAGCGUUCAUGAGGACAAAAAUCGUGUACCUUUUGUAAAAGGUGCUACUGAAAGGUUUGUUUCGAGUCCAGAAGAAGUGUUUGAAGUGAUAGAAGAAGGUAAAUCGAAUCGUCAUAUCGCUGUGACAAACAUGAACGAACACAGUUCCAGAUCACAUUCUGUUUUUCUUAUAAAUGUAAAGCAGGAGAAUUUGGAAAAUCAAAAAAAACUUUCUGGAAAAUUGUACCUUGUAGAUCUUGCAGGUUCUGAAAAAGUAUCUAAAACUGGUGCUGAAGGCACUGUGCUGGAUGAAGCUAAAAAUAUUAACAAAUCCUUGUCAGCAUUGGGUAACGUUAUCUCUGCUUUGGCGGAUGGCAAUAAGACGCAUAUCCCUUAUCGAGAUUCAAAAUUAACGAGAAUUUUACAAGAAUCUUUGGGAGGCAAUGCUCGAACUACCAUUAUUAUUUGUUGCUCACCGGCCAGUUUUAACGAGUCUGAAACAAAAUCUACAUUAGACUUUGGUAAGCGUGCCAAGACUAUCAAGAACGUCGUUUGUGUCAAUGAGGAAUUAACGGCCGAAGAAUGGAAGCGGCGAUAUGAACGUGAAAAAGAAAAGACAGCUAGGCUUAAGGGGAAAGUUGAGAAAUUAGAGGCUGAACUUUCAAGGUGGCGACAAGGUGAGACUGUGAAAGUUGAGGAACAAGUUAGUCUUGUCGAAGGUCCUGACGUUACAACGCCAGUUGCUCCACAAGUUGAAGUCAAGAUCGAUGAUGGUCCUGUACCAGCUACCCCUGGUGGGGGAUUGAUGGCUGGAUCUCUUUCUAAUGAGGAAAGACAAAAGCUGGAGGAAGAACGUGAACGGCUGUACCAACAGCUUGAUGACAAAGAUGAAGAGAUUAAUCAGCAUUCACAGUAUGUGGAGAAAUUGAAAGAACAGAUGGAAGAACAAGAAGAGCUCAUCGCAUGCGCCAGACGUGAUUAUGAACAACUGCAGCAAGAAAUGAACAGAAUUCAACAAGAAAACGAGAGUGCCAAAGAAGAAGUCAAAGAAGUCCUUCAAGCUCUUGAGGAACUGGCUGUUAAUUACGACCAAAAAUCACAAGAGGUUGAAACUAAAAAUAAAGAGCACGAAGCUUUGUCAGAAGAGCUUUUGGCCAAACAAGCAGUAUUAAAUACAACCUCAUCAGAGUUACAACAACUGCGAGACAUGUCUGCACAUCAGCGGAAGCGUAUUACAGAAAUGCUGGCUAAUCUUCUCAAAGACCUGGGUGAAAUCGGCGUAGCUAUAGGUGGCGAUGAAAAUCUCAAGGUUACACCUGAUAGCAAUGGCAAGUUGGAAGAGGAAUUUACUGUCGCCAGGGUAUACAUCAGUAAAAUGAAAUCAGAAGUAAAAAACUUGGUACAACGUUGUCAAGGGCUUGAAUGUUUCCAAACCGAUUGUAACAAAAAAGUUUCGGAAUAUGAAAAAGAUUUGGGUGAAUGCCGGUUAUUGAUAUCACAACACGAGGCUCGCAUGCAAACACUCUCUGAGUCGAUGAAGGAAGCGGAUGCCCGUAAACGUGCCUUGGAGGAAGACGUGGAUGCCUUACGUGAGGAAUGUGCAAAACUUAAAGCUGCUGAACAAGUACAAGCUGUUAGUAACAAAGAAAAGGCUGAGGAACAAGAAGCUGCCACUAAAAUGAGAGUUGCCCUCGAGGAGCAAAUGGAUCAACUGAGAGGAGCCCAUCAGCGACAAGUGGCUUCGUUGCGAGAUGAAAUAUCAGACAAGCAACGGCUUAUUGGAGAGUUGAGGGAUAUGAACCAGAAAUUCACAUUGGCUCAUCAACAGAUGCAAUAUGACUAUGAACGAUUAAAACAGGAAGAAGCCGACAAAUCAGUUAAAUUGCAAGAGCAUGUUCUGAUGAAUGAACGACGUGAACAGGCUAGAAAAGACUUGAAAGGUCUUGAAGAGACAGUGUCAAAGGAACUACAAACAUUGCACAACUUACGCAAGAUGUUCGUACAAGAUUUGCAGGCACGAAUCAAAAAGUCUUUGAAUGCAGAAGACAACGAAGACGACGGCGGAUCUCUUGCACAAAAACAAAAGAUUUCUUUCCUUGAGAACAACCUCGAUCAGCUUACUAAGGUGCACAAACAAUUGGUUCGAGACAAUGCAGACCUUCGCUGCGAACUACCGAAACUGGAAAAGAGAUUGAAAGCUACAAUGGAUAGAGUCAAGGCGUUGGAAACCGCGUUACGAGAUGCCAAAGAAGGCGCUAUGCGAGAUCGCAAACGUUACCAGUACGAAGUUGACAGGAUCAAGGAAGCUGUGCGACAGAAAAACUUUGCUCGUCGUGGACCUAGUGCACAGAUUGCCAAACCUAUUCGAGCUGGUCAGCACCAUAUGGGAACUGGCAACAACCCAGCUGUCAUCAGGACAGGAAAUAGAGAAAACGAGCGUAAAACCGCGUCUAUCCAUGAUGAGAAGAGAAGACAUGUAGAAGUCGGUAUAAUUUAUAAUUCAUAAGGUGCUAAUGAAAAGAAUCGAUAGAACUGCUGUAUCCGAAAAGAGCGCCGUUGAUUUUGUUCAUUUGAAUGAUUUUAAAGCACAUGCUUUGCAGUGCUAAAAUAAUUAUUGGAUGUAUAAUAAUAUAGCGUGUCCUAUUAUCUAAAUAUUGAGGAGCUAUUUUGUCAAGUUGUAUUGGGAUCUAUUGAAAUGAUAAAAAUAAAAAUAGUAUCGACGGUUCAAUUGCCGUAAGACACAAGAUAAAAGUAGCUGAUCACAAAACAACGUCGCGUUUCAGUUAUCAAUUUAUAGAUUAGUGUUGAAAUACGUGUAAAACAUAGUUUUUACUGCUUCGCUUCACCUUCGGAAUAGUGUUUAUUUCUACAAAUUCUCUGAUGCUAUGAUCUCAGAUGAUUCGCGAGUUGAAUAAUUUCUAUAAAAAAAAAUAUUUUUCCUAAAAUUCAAUUGUAUGUCCCAUAUUGAUUUUAUAGAUGUUUUUGUAGUGAAUAGGACAUGCGAUAUGGAUGUGAGAUUGUUGGAAUGAUUGCAGUUUGAUGAUAUUUAUGAACCUGAUAGUUAUUCCUACAAUGGCUAUAUUUUCUGAGUGAAGUAAAAUUUUCUGAACACAAUAUAACCAGUAUUGAAUCUAUUUUGGAUGGCUCACUUAAAAGGGACUAAGUGCAAUCGCCUUUCCUCUGUGAUUGAAAUAUUCAGUAUGUUAUGUUGUUUUUAGAAAAUUCUACCACGCGCGUUAAACUAUUGUUUCCUUUAGACCUCUACACUUAGUAAUACGGAAUUCAAUAUUCUUCAUUUAUUUUUAUCUAUUUAAAUUAAUUUAUUAUCAACUACUUUUUGCCUGUAUCAGAGGCUCACGAGAUUUGUUUUACACAUUUAGGGAAAUUUCAAUAUUACAUCCAAGUAGAAUAAUAAUCAUCCAUACAGUCCAACCAAACUAUGUACGUGUAAAUGAUUAUGAUAACCAUUCGAGAAUUAUUUAACUUAUUAUUACUUUGCAUAGCUUUUUUGGGAUCGUCAACUUCCUCUUUAACGUCAGUCUAAAUAAUUUGAAUAUAAAUCCAAAUAUUCCAAAAUUCAAACGCUUCGCUGUAUCCAAUAUUUAUGGUGAUUUGAUUUAUUUUAUUUCAAAAAUUCGCAAUGUCCCAGAGUAGUAACCCAGUUCCUAAAUUUAGUAACAGAAAUGAAUGAUAUAGUUGAUGUAACAUAAUAACACUUCUUGUUAGAGUGAAAUUCAAUGUUUUCGUUUAUACAUAUAGGUAGAGAGGGAGAUGGUGAUGUGGUCUUUGCCUCCAUUAUGGACCACGUAUACCACUGAAUCAUUUAUCGUUGUGGUCAUUAUAUUUUGAUUUCGUACUUACGAAGUCUGAAGUUUAAUAGAUUCGCAAGAUUUGAAAAUCCAUAAGUUAAAAUCAGGUUGCAGGAACAUUGAUAUUAUGGCUGAUGAAUCUAAAAAUGGACCAUUCGUAGACAAGAGACAUAUUACCAACUUCUCUAUAUAUCAUACAUCUUGUUGAAAUAAAUAUAUUCAACACAAACCCGUUAUCGUGGACACGAUGCCGUACAUUCUGUUCUAAAAAACUUCAGAGCUUUGACUUGUAAUAUUUUUAACUAAUUAUUUGUCCAACUAUGAUGAGUAAUACGUACUCGAUGUAUUUUUCAAAAUGUGAAAAGGAAAACUACUUAAUUUCAUUUUAAGACUAAAUCGUCUGUCUGAACGUGAGGAUAGGAUAUGUUGGAGGGUGCGUUUCAUUAUCCAUAUCAAACGCCUUCAGGCAUCGUUCUGUCUUCAUCCGAUACACGGAAAUAAUCACAGGUGGACAAUGAUUCAAUCGCGUGCAACGCACCUUUCGAUGGACUUCUCUAUCUCCAUGGCGUUGAAAAUAAUAUUUAGAUUAAUAAAUAGAAAAAGCUUACGAAAGAAAUUCAAAUAUCACAUCUGAAAUUACUACUCCACGUGGUUACAGGAUUUUUUUAACGUCAGAAUCAAAUUAGAAUAUUUUUGCUUUUUGAAAUUAAAUAUAAUUUGAUUUGAAUAGCAUUAUUGAUUUUUUUUUCUCAUUCUCAUGAAACAACGAGUUAGCACUUGUUAUGACAUGAAAGGAAGCAUAAGGUGAUUGAAAAUAAUUAAUAUUGAAUAAAAAAUAAAAGAAGGGAAAAAACAAAGCAGUCAAUGUUGGUGUAUAUUCAUAUAAUCAAUAUUGUAUCGAACACUCCUAUAUUUGGGAAUGACGUCUUUAACGAUAACUUUUGAUCGCUAAUAUUCACAUUAUGCACACAUCUAAGUAAGUGCGCAUUGGUAUUGCUGAUUGUGCUUAAUGUUAACGUUUCAAAGUCUGUUGUGUUCGUACAUGUAUUCAUAGAUACGUUUUCUGGUUUUUCAAUGAAUGGAGAUCACUAAUGACGACGUGAUGAUGUCUUUAAUUUUUAUAAGUAAUCUUUACCAAGGGAAGAGAGGUCUGAACGGAGAACUGCUUUUUGAUUUUGAAUUUCACUUGGACGACAUUUCUUUCGUGGUUCGUGAUGUAUAUUUUGGUAGGGACUUAUUAGAAGAAGUAUCGUCGUGUAUUCCAGACUUUGAAAUAUUGCAUUUGAUAAACACUAGCCACAGCAUUAUAUAAAAUAAGUAAAAUCUACCUUGUAUUAUCUAGCCCUCCUCUCCUACCUUACCGAUGCAACUACAUUGUCACAAUGAGAAGUUUUUGUUCGAAAUUUGAAGAUUUAAUUUUUGUCAAUACUUGGUAGACACCAAAGCUUGAUAACAUCGAAACGACAGUUUUGAUUUAUCGUUCGUCAAGAGAAUAGUGUUUAUCAAUAGUUGACGAAAAUGAAUGUCACAAACUUCGAUUGCAAACUUCAACGGAUAUUUUCGAUUAUUUUUCAUAAAUCAUCAACACUAAAAAAAUACAUCCAUACACAUAAUAUACUAAUAUAUCUACAUUGCAGUUAUAUUAUUACGAAAGUGAGAUUUGCACAUUUAUUGUUAGUAUAAAUCGGAACACCUUAUAUAACUAGAAAAGGACAUCGAUGUAUGUCUGCAAUUUAAUUAAUAUCAAAUCCUAUUCCUGGAAACAGAAAUACGGGAUCAGGUUUCGCUACAUGCAAGACUCGUAUGCCUGCAACACAGCCUGAAAUUGGAAUUGCAUUGUACGGUAAACAUAUUUCUCUUCAUUCGGUUUUUUUUUUAAUUCAAAAUACUCGCCGUUUAUUGAGAUUUGAUUUAGUAUUGAUUAUAUUGACGAGUACAAUAGUUGAAAAUCUAUACUUAUGAUUGAAAACCGACGAAUCGAAUGUACUCAGCUUUUGGAUCCAUCAUUUCAAGACAGAAUUAAAGAUGUAAUUAAUCAACAGCGGUUCAGAUUCAUUGGUAAACUUUAUCGGAUCAUGUCAACAUUCUUUAAUCGUGCUGAAAAUUUUUACAAUUCACCUUUAGAUUGUAUAUGCAGGGUGCAGAAAGGCUAUUGCUACGGCGAAUGUUCGAUUGUAAUAAUCAUUACCAUCAAAUUAUAAUUAAUUUACGAUUAUUGUACUUGAAACAAACUAUUAUCGAGUAAAUUAAUUACAAAAAUAAUGCUUACAAUAAAACACGUGAAAAUUGA